UGAGGAACUGUGUGUGAAGUAAAGAGAAACCAUAAACAAUGGCGUUGUUCUCCCCGCCAAUCUCUUCUUCAUCUCUUCAAAACCCCAAUUUCAUCCCCAAAUUCUCAUUCUCUCUCCUCUCCACUAACCGCUUCUCUCUCCUCUCCGUCACUCGAGCUUCCUCCUCCGACAGUGGAAUAACCUCUGCCGCGGUAGAGGCUCCUGAACCCGUAAAGGUGAUAGUUAAAGAGGCUCCACAAUCAACACCGGCGGUUAAAAAGGAAGAAACCGCCACCGCCACCACUAAAAAUGGCGCCGUCGAAGGUGAAGAGAUGAAGACAACGGAGAGUGUUAUCAAAUUCCAAGAUGCGAGGUGGAUUAAUGGAACUUGGGAUCUGAAACAGUUCGAGAAAAAUGGCAAAACCGAUUGGGAUGCUGUAAUCGUUGCUGAGGCAAAGAGAAGAAAAUGGCUAGAAGAUAAUCCAGAAACAACAACUAACGACGAACCAGUGCUUUUCGAUACAUCGACUAUCCCAUGGUGGGCAUGGAUGAAGAGAUACCACUUACCUGAAGCUGAGAUCCUCAAUGGUCGUGCUGCGAUGAUAGGAUUCUUCAUGGCUUACUUUGUGGAUAGCCUUACCGGAGUAGGACUUGUCGAUCAAAUGGGGAACUUCUUCUGCAAAACACUCUUGUUUGUGUCCGUGGCUGGAGUUUUGUUUAUUCGUAAGAAUGAGGAUGUGGAUAAACUCAAGAGUUUGUUUGAUGAGACCACAUUAUACGACAAGCAGUGGCAGGCAGCUUGGAAAGAUGAUGAUGAGUCCUUGGGUUCAAAGAAGUGAUAAAAAAAGGAGUCUUGUUUUCUUUUUUUUCUUUUCUCGUUGUUUUGAUGCUGUAAUUAGGAGUUGAUGCACUUACCAAAUGUAAUAUGAUGAUGAUGAGAUUUGAACAAUGUAUUCCCGAUUUGGAAUUCGAGUUAGAUUUUUCUGUAAA